AUGGAUAUCACUCCUACACAGUCCCCAUGGCCUUUUAAGCUAACAAGAAGGCAAUUUCCGAUAAUUGUCUCUUAUGUUAUGACAAUUAACAAAUUUCUAGGUCAGUAUUUGGAUUAUGUUGGAAUAUAUUUGCCUGGGAGUGUAUUUAUCCAUGGUCAAUUGUAUGUUGCAAUAUCAAGAUUUAAAAGCAAAAGGGGCCUUAGGAUGUUAAUCCUCGACAAGGAGAAUCAAGAGUUGCACAAUACCACCAAUGUUGUCUUCAAAGAAGUUUUUGAAAAUGUGUAA